CGGAUGUGAAUAUAGUGUCACUCCCUCACUCCACAAACCCUAGCCCUCUUCUGUUCUGCCUUCCUCUCUCUCCGAAGAUGGCUUCACGCAGACUCGUUUCGUCUCUGCUUCGAUCUUCUGUCCGCAGAUCUCAAUCCAAACCUUCAAUUGCCGCAUCUGCGUCCAGAAUCUCUUCCACCAACCGCGCUUCGCCGCACGAAUUCUUGCUCAACCGCAUCGCGGAGUACGCCACCGCGUCUGCCGCCGCUGCCGCUCCUCCUUCUGCGCCUCCGCAGAAGAAGGAAGUUGGCGGUGGUGGGAAGAUCACCGAUGAGUUCACUGGGAAGGGCGCGAUCGGACAGGUUUGCCAGGUAAUUGGUGCCGUCGUUGAUGUCAGAUUUGACGAGGGUUUGCCUCCGAUCCUGACUGCCCUCGAGGUUCUGGAUCACUCCUCCAGACUGGUGUUGGAAGUUGCUCAGCAUUUGGGUGAGGGCGUUGUCCGAACCAUUGCUAUGGAUGCCACUGAAGGAGUCGUUAGAGGGUGGCGCGUCCUCAACACCGGCUCCCCCAUCACUGUUCCUGUUGGUAGGGCUACCCUUGGCCGUAUCAUUAAUGUCAUUGGCGAGGCUAUUGACCAGAAGGGUGACCUCACAACCGAGCAUUAUUUGCCUAUUCAUAGAGAAGCUCCUGCUUUUGUUGAGCAAUCAACUGAGCAGCAGAUUCUUGCUACUGGGAUCAAGGUUGUUGACCUGCUUGCACCUUAUCAAAGAGGAGGAAAGAUUGGGCUGUUUGGUGGGGCUGGUGUAGGAAAAACUGUCCUUAUUAUGGAACUUAUUAACAAUGUUGCAAAAGCUCAUGGUGGUUUCUCUGUGUUUGCUGGUGUUGGAGAACGAACCCGUGAGGGUAAUGACUUGUAUAGAGAAAUGGUUGAGAGUGGUGUUAUCAAGCUUGGUGAGAAGCAGAGUGAAAGCAAAUGUGCUCUUGUGUACGGUCAAAUGAAUGAGCCCCCUGGUGCUCGUGCUCGUGUUGGUCUUACUGGGCUUACUGUGGCUGAGCACUUCCGUGAUGCUGAAGGGCAAGAUGUGCUUCUUUUUAUAGACAACAUUUUCCGUUUUACCCAAGCUAACUCAGAGGUGUCUGCUUUGCUUGGUCGAAUCCCAUCUGCUGUCGGUUACCAACCAACCUUGGCUACUGAUCUUGGAGGUCUUCAAGAGCGUAUUACAACAACCAAAAAGGGUUCAAUCACCUCUGUCCAAGCUAUCUAUGUGCCUGCGGAUGACUUGACAGAUCCUGCUCCAGCAACAACCUUUGCUCAUCUUGAUGCAACAACUGUGUUGUCACGACAGAUCUCCGAGCUUGGUAUCUAUCCUGCUGUUGACCCCUUGGAUUCUACAUCUCGUAUGCUGUCACCCCUUAUUUUGGGUACGGAACACUAUGAAACUGCUCGUGGUGUACAGAAGGUUCUUCAGAACUACAAGAAUCUUCAAGAUAUCAUUGCUAUUUUGGGAAUGGACGAGCUUAGUGAAGAUGAUAAAUUGACUGUUGCCCGUGCUCGCAAGAUUCAGCGAUUCUUAAGCCAGCCUUUCCAUGUUGCUGAAGUCUUCACUGGUGCUCCAGGAAAAUAUGUUGAAUUGAAGGAGAACAUUAGCAGCUUCCAGGGUGUGUUGGAUGGCAAGUACGAUGACCUCCCAGAGCAAUCGUUUUACAUGGUUGGUGGCAUUGAAGAGGUCAUUGCCAAGGCCGAGAAAAUUGCUAAGGAGUCUGCCGCAUCUUAAUCACAUACACAGCCCUGCUAUCAUUUUAGUCCUUUUUUUUGUAAUUGCUAAAUUUAAUAAUUUAGGAACUAUUGGCAAUGCCAAACGACAAAAUUUUCCAUUUUUUGGGUAUGAAAAUGUGCCAGGUUAUUUCCUUCAUUUUAAUGCUGCCACUGUGAGAUGAACUAAGGUCCUGGGUCUGUGGCCAACUGCCCCCCUUCUUUUUAAGUUGUGUUAUUUAAUAAGGGGAAAGGGCAAGAGGAUGUAUAUUUUUACUUUCUGGUUGAGAACGAUGGAUGCAUCAAUGUUAAAACUUUGCAACUGUUCCAUCUGGUA